GAUCCUUCGUUCAGUGUUGACUGGGAAGAAAAAAAAUAAAAAAGCUAUACGGACACUCCUAACCUCCAAGACCGAUAUUUAAUUUGUUGUAUAUUUUUAAUUUGGUUAAAUUUAAGGUUAUAGUUACGGUUAAGGUAAGAGUCGUUUUACAGGUCAGGAGUGCCCUUAUAGCCUCUCCUAGGUUGACGUCCGUGAGGAUUUCUCCUACUUUUCAUCCCACUUCCCGUAAUAGAACGGUGAGCAGGAUGAUUUGAUUACGACUCCCCGCAAAUCGAGCCCGCAGUUACACCGAACGAACCCUACUCAUUCAUUACGGUGUUUGCGCGGUGAUAGUCUCUCUCUCUUUCUCUCUGGAUUUCAAGCUGCACUAUCGAUUCUUCGGCCUUGCUAAAAUACUAUCUUUGUUAGCAACUCAGGAACCGAUUUGGUAGAGAAAUGUCUACCUUUGACAAGGGGCAAAACAGCGAGGAAACGGGGACAUUUGAGUCAUAUCAAAAUCGCGUUUUGGUACAGAGAGUUCCUCACGAACAGCCGCAGACUGUGUUCGUCAUUCUAGACACGGCCGAAGCUCUGAAUUUCAUCAGGUGGACACCAAUCAAGUUGUAGAAACAUCUCAAGGAUGAUCAGUGGAAACAGGAUGAACCUGAGCUCAAUUUCGAGUCCCUUAGCAAAGAGUCUGUAUACUUAUGUAAAUAAGUGUGGAGCCUCUCCUACCUGAGUCGGGGAUAGUGGCAGAUAUCGAGGUCGAGAGCAUCCUUCCUUCAGAAUCGGAUGCCUUCUACCAGCUGAAGAGCCAGCCCAUUACUCUGAGCGUGUCCCAACCUCCCCCUGACAAAGCCUCUCCGUCCUCCGGCUCGGUGAUGACGUCCCGGGUGUUGAUGAGGCAGGAGCUGAUGCGCCAGCAGGCCAGGGACCAGGAGAGGAGAGAGGCCCAGCAGCAGGUCUCCUCAGCCCAGCUACGAACCACCGACUCCUCCCCAGCCAUCUCCGUGGCCCCAGGGCAUACCGGGGCCAGACCUCCCCCUGCUCAGGUCCCUGUGGAGGUCCUUAAGGUUCAGACCCACCUGGAGAACCCCACUUGGUACCACAUCCAGGCCUCCCAGAGACAACAGGUUAAACACUACCUCUCCUCCGCCCUGGGGAACAAACUGACCAAUCAGACGCUGGGCGCCUCCCCCUCGCCUCAGUCCGGAUCCGCCCCCUCUCUCCAGCCUGCAGCCAGCAGCACUCCCAGCAGCCCACUGGCCGUGCUCAGCCUGAGCUCCAACAAAGAGGAGAUGGAAGAUGUGAUCGAUGACAUCAUCAGUCUUGAAUCCAGUCUCAACGAUGAGUUCUUUACGUUGAUAGACCCUGGACUACAGGUGGCCAACACGCUGCCGGUGUCGGUGAACAUGCAGGAUGUGUACAGCAGUGGAGGGAUGGCUGCUCCUGACAUUACCGUCUCCAACUCCUGUCCUGCUGACCUGCACAAUGUCAAGACUGAGUUUACCGGUACCGAGGUGGAGGCUAAAGCGAUGAUGAAGGAGCGACAGAAAAAGGACAAUCAUAACCAGAUUGAGAGGCGGAGGAGGUUCAACAUCAACGAUCGCAUCAAGGAACUGGGAGCUCUCAUCCCCAAAUCGAGUGACCCACCCCCCUGCUACGGAGACAGGGAGACACGUUGGAACAAGGGCACCAUCCUGAAGGCGUCUGUGGACUACAUCAGGAGGCUGCAGAAGGAGCAGCAGAGAGCCAAGGAAAUGGAGACCAGACAGAGGAAACUGGAGCACAGCAACCGUAACCUACUGCUACGUAUACAGGAGCUCGAGAUACAGGCCCGCCUCCACGGCCUCUCCACCCCCGCCUCUUCCUCCCAAGGCAGCUCCUCCUCACACCUAAGCCUAUCACAGUCCCUGGACCCCAGCACAGGCGACGCCCUCUCCAGGACCCUCCUCUCCCUGAGUGGUGGCCAAGGCCUCCAGGCCGCCUCCCCCCCCUUCCUGUCUCCUCCCCCCUCUGCCUCUCCGGUUGGUCUGAUGACUAUGGGCAGCCCGUUAGAUCUGGACUCUCUGAGCUUCUCUGACCUGGAUGACCCGUCGGCCGCAGCCUUCCACGCCUCCCUGCUGCCGGACAUGGGUCUGGGGGACAUCCUGAUGGACGACAGGGGGCUGGGGAUGUCCUCUGUUGGGGGCAGAGACCCCCUGCUCUCCUCCGUCUCCCCAGGAGUCUCCAAGACCUCUAGUCGCAGGAGCAGCUUCAGCAUGGAGGAAGAUUUGUGACUGAUAUAAAGGGACUCUAGAUCCUAAUCCAUAGCCCCUACGCCCUAGACCCUACCCUACUAGGCAGGAACAUAAUCAGCAUGGAGGAUAGACCUGUGACUGGGCUGAGUCCCAAACCAACUCCUAGACCCUACAUCCUAGACUAAACCCUAUACCCUUAGACAGUUAAUGUAGAUCUGAGAGAAUUGGAAAAUAGUAAUCAUGGCAAAACAUUCCAGCCAGUAGAAUCAUACCAGAGUGUUUAUAUCAAUCCUCCAUCCUUUUCAGAUUUACAGGAGCGACUGGAGAGUUUUUUUGGGGAUUCAGCAGGAGAGGGUUCAGGAUUUACUGCUUAUUGUCUUCUGGUUCUAGGAAUCUUCCAACUGGGAUUUCUGGAGAAAAAAAAAAACUAAAAAAACAUGGGAAUUUUGGGAAAGUUGAAGGGAAUUUUUGCCACCCUAAUUUUAGUUUAUUCUAGACUAGAAUGUCUAGAAAGAAUUCCGGGUCCCUGUGGUGAUGACGGAAUCCAUUGCAGCACUCCAAAUAUUUUAUCUCCAUGCUUGUAAAAAAAUAACCCAGAUAUAGAAUAGAUCUAUGGAGUUGAGCUGUUCUAUAGCAUUAAGAGAUCAACAUGAAUUGUAGACUAUUUGUAAAGAUACACGUUUCUUAGGUACGAACCUAUUAUAGUUCUGUGAAUAGUAAUUAUGAUAGAGGUAGAUAUUUAUAUGGGGGAAGGAGACAGGGAUACUGGAGUGAUGGAAGUAGAUAUGUAUAGUGGGAAGGAGACAGGGAUACUGGAGUGAUGGAGGUAGAUAUUUAUAUGGGGGAAGGAGACGGGGAUACUGGAGUGAUGGAGGUAGAUAUGUAUAAGGGGAAGGGGACAGGGAUACUGGAGUGAUGGAGGUAGAUAUGUAUAGGGGGAAGGGGACAGGGAUACUGGAGUGAUGGAGGUAGAUAUGUAUAUGGGGAAGGGGACAGGGAUACUGGAGUGAUGGAGGUAGAUAUGUAUAGGGGUAAGGUGACUAGGCAACAGGAUAUAUAAUAAACAGAGUAGUGGCAGCUUGUAUGUGAGUGUGAGUGUGUAGAGUCAUAAAUGUAUGGGUAUAUUAUGUGUUGGAGUGACAGUGUGUAGACUAAACAGGGCCCUGUGACAUUGUGCAUAGAGACUGAAAUAAAAGGGUAAACUCAAUCCGUGUAGCUAUUUAGUUAGCUAUUUAUCAGUCGUAUUGUUUGGGGAUAGAAGCUGUUCAAGAGCCUGUUGGUGUAAGACCUGAUGCACCGGUACCUCUUGCCGUGCAGCGGCAGAGAAAAAUAGUCUGUGGCUUGGAUGGUUGAGGUCUUUGACGAUUUUCCGGGCCUUUCUUUUCAAACCCUCUGAUAUAGAGGUCCUGGAUGGCAGGGAGCCCAGUCCCAGUGAUGUACUGGGCUGUCCGCACCACCCUCUGAUAUAGAGGUCCUGGAUGGCAGGGAGCCCAGUCCCAGUGAUGUACUGGGCUGUCCGCACCACCCUCUGUAGCGCUGUGCGAUCAAGGGCGGUGCUAUUGCCAUAUCACGUAGGGGAAGAGGCACUGUCACGCCUUCUUCACGACUGCGUGUGUGUUUUGGACCAUUUUAAGUCUUUUUAGUGAUUUAGACACCGAGGAAUAUGAAGCUGUCUACCUGCUCCAUUGCCGCUCCGUCUGUGGAUGGGGGCGUUCUUGUUUCCUGUCGAUGUGGAAGAGGGGCGUUCUUGUUUCCUGUCGAUGUGGAUGGGGGCGUUCUUGUUUCCUGUAGUCCACAAUCAGCUCCUUGGUCUUACUGACAUUCAGGAAGAGGUUGUUUUUCCGGCACCAAAUUGCCAGGUCUCUGACCUCCCUUUUAGACUGACUCAUCGUUGGAGUCGUGCGUGGCCGCACAGUUGUGGAUGAAUAGGGAGUACAGGAGGGGACUAAGCACACACCCCUGUGGGGCCCCCCGUGUUGAGGGUCAGCGUGGCGGAGAGGAUGUUGCCUACACUCACCACCUGGGAUCGGCUCGUCAGGAAGUCCAGGAUCAAGUUACAGAGGAAAGUGUUCAGACCCAGAGUCCUGAGCUGGGUGACAAGCUUGGAGGGGACAAUGGUGUUGAGCGCAGAGCUGUAGUAAAUGAACAGGAUUCUCUCAUAGGGUGCCAUUUAUAACGAUUAUAGUGAAGCACCUUUUAUUGGUAAACAUGUUGUAUAAUCCAGUUGAACGUUGUGUGUUGGUAUGCUAUUAAAGUGUGUCAAGAGUCACUCAGGAAAACUAGGCUGAGCAGCCAGCCGUACAGUAGACUAAACAGCUACAAUACUGUGUUUGUCGGCACAUUGUUCUAUAGUCCUCAAUAGCAAGACCGUUAAGAGUGGCUCUCAACUUUAUCUACAAGGUUUUAUCACUCUGUGUUCCUGCCUCUCUGUGUGUUCCUGCCUCUCUGUGUGUUCCUGCCUCUCUGUGUUCCAUCCUGGGUCAAUUCAGUUCAGGAAUUCAGGAAUAAAAAUGUAAAAAACUCACAGAAUGCGAUGAGACAUUUAAAAAAAUAUAUAUGUAUUAAAGCUGCAAUAUGUCACUUUUUUGGGCGACCUGACCAAAUGCACAUAGAAAUGUGAGUUAUAGAUUUGUCAUUCUCAUUGAAAGCAAGUCUUAAGAAGCGGUAGAUCUGUUCUAUGUGCACUAUUUCUAUGCUUCCUAUUCUUAAGUUUCGGGGGGGUUUUUGCAUCUUUUACAUUCAUUCAUACUAUGACAGAUACUUAACAUUGUUUUAUGUUUGUUUAUUUAGCCUGUUUCCAACCUCCGUAUAUGCUGCGUUUCACCCAUAAGAGUUAGAGGACUAUUGAUAGAUAUAACCCGUAAUGACACAGAUACAAAGACGAGUCAUCUAUCUAACUCUAUGGGUUCAGUCUGGAGUUUAUUAAAAAAAUAUAUAUAUAUAUAUAUAACCCAUGGGCUGGAUGACCGCUGACUAUUGUGCACAUUUUACUCUGUCAUUUAUUUUCAUAGAAAAGCAAUAUACCUGUAUGUGGUUGAGUAGAAUUGAGUAUAGUCACUUAUCAUUACAGCCCUGUAAGAUACUACAGUAUAUGGAUAAAGCAUUAGGGAAUGAUGGUGAAUAAUGUGUUUUAUAACUGCAGUUUAGGUUCUGCCAUAUGCAUAUUACAUCUGUAUUGUGUUUACUUUAUGUAUGUAAAUAGAAAUGGUAUAUAAUAACUCGAUAUAGCAUAAUGUUCUGGAACAAUACAUUUAUUAACAAAUAUUUUCUGUGUAAUGUACACAUUAUAUGCCAUAUAUUAUGUAAAAAACAUUGCAUAUAUUUGACCUUAAUUUGUUUUUGUUUUUUAUGAAAUAUAUAGUUUUUAUCAUUUUCUUUUUAAAUAUAUGUGACUCUGAGGGUGUGUGUGUGUGUGUGUGUGUGUGUGUGUGUGUGUGUGUGUAUCAUGCAUAAAUGCUGCUCAUUUCAACUGAGGGGAUUCUAUGUCUGAUAGUCUAAUAUACAGUUUUCUAUCUCUGGUAGAGCAAUGCAGGUUUAUAUCUCCCCUGGCAGAGCAAUGCAGAAGUCAAUAGCCAUUCAGCAGUAGUCAGUUCCUGGUCACUUUUACUGUUCAGUGAUUGGCUAGCAGCUCAAUACAGUCUUGCAGCUCUUUUGUGAGGAUAUGACUGCAUGGAUACGUCCCAAAUGGUACCCUAUUCCCUUUAUAGUGCCCUACUUUUGCUCAGAGCCCAAAUGGCACCCUAUUCCCUUUAUAGCGUCCUACUUUUGCUCAGAGCCCAAAUGGCACCCUAUUCCCUUUAUAGUGCCCUACUUUUGACCAGAGCCCUGUGGGGAAUUAACCUGGAGAAAUCCAGUCAGUUUUGAGCUAACAUUCCUCUCCUUAACACUCCUUGUCAUGGCAAUUUUCUUUUUUUGGGGGGGGGAGGGAUUACACGAGUGUACAAGGAGUGGAAUGUUAGCACAAAACAGGUUCUGGAUUUCAGGCUUAUGGCGAAUUAGGUGUCAUUUGAGACGUAGUCCAUGUCUUUCCUCUCUACACAUCCUACUGGCAAACACUCAGUAGCAAACUAUGGAAGAUUUGGCUGAGAUAUACACUGAGUAUACCUAACAUUAAGAACACCUUCCUAACAUUGCUUUGUACCCCCUUUUGCCCUCAGAACAGCCUCAAUUCGUCAGGGCAUGGACUCUACAAGGUGUUGAAAGCAUUCCACAGGGAUGCUGGCCCAUGUUGACUCCAAUGCUUCCCACAUUUGUGUCAAGUUGGCUGGAUGUCCUUUGGGGUGGUGGUCCAUUCUUGAGACACACGGGGAAACUGUUGAGUGAAAAACCCAGCAGCGUUGCAGUUCUUGACAAGUUGGUGCGCCUGGCAUCUACUACCAUACCCCGUUUAAAGGCACUUCAAUAUUUUGUCUUGCCCAUUCACCCUCUGAAUGGUGCACAUACACAAUUAAUGUCUCAAUUUUCUCAAGGCUUAAAAAUCCUUCUUUAACCUGUCUCCUCCCCUUCAUCUACAUUUUUACAAGUAACAUCAAUAAGGGAUCAUAGCUUUCACCUGGAUUCACCUGGUCAGUUUGUCAUGGAAAGAGCAGGUGUUCUUCAUGUUUUGUAUACUCAGUGUAUAUAAAACUGUCUCGGUUCAAUGUCACUCAAUCAUGACAAAUAUAAUAGUAUAAGAUAAGUAUAAUCAGUCUCACAGCUUCUCCAUGUCAGAUAUUUUUUUGCUUUUCAAAGCAAAACAAACACAGUCUUGUUAUAAUUUGUUUUCCAAGUUAUUUUAUUUGACACAUUUCAGUUUGUCAAUGUGAUAUGUUUGGUUGUACUGUAGGUGUAUACAGCAAUAACCAGACACAGGAAAAACCAGUUAAGUGUCAUGUUAAUCAAGAAAACAAACCCUCCAGUCACUGUUGAUGAUUGGUCUUCAUCAGAAUACACACACACACACACACACACACACACACACAUCAGAUCACAUCAGAUCAGGAUACACAAGUCACUCUCUGUAGAAAUGGGAUCAUGAAAGGGAUGUUUACUCCUCGUCAACAACAUUGUCAUAUUGCAUGUAGUCUUAUGUUUUACAUAUUGUUUUCUUUCACCUCUUUAGAAAACUAAGAAUCAUACUUAUGAUUGUUUCAUUUUUAAUAAUCAUCUUUGUUAAAUAAUGAUAAACAUUUCAUAAAAACCCAAA